AAAAGCAAAAGCAAAGCUGCUGUUUGUAUACCUUUGCCUCCGUCCGCGCUGAUCGUUACCGACAGUCAUUCGUUGGGCCGUCUUAGCUCAAGUACUAUCAGCCAAAAUCAAAACCUUUGGCUAUAAACACAUUCGUACCACUCUGCCGAACAGUCGCAUUUUAGUCUUUGAUUGACUUUUGUUUUUGUUGGUUCGUCGUUCCUCGUUCGUCUUUGCAUAAUUUUUUUUAUUGUUAGUUCGCAUUUCACACGUCUUAAGCUACGAAAGUAAAAGUUGUUCUCAUAAAUAUCUACCUACCAUUAACCUUAUAGAAAAAGAAAAAAACAGAGGAAACAUUUUUGGUCUAAUAAAUAGUUUAAAUGCUGCCAUUACCUAUAUUGGCUUAAAAGAAUUGAGUUGUUGUGUUUAGUGUUUUAAAAAAUUGAAUAUGUCGCAACUAUCUAACGGAAAUGUAUCGCCCCCAAAAAGUGAUGGCAAGGAAACGGAGCAGAUUCCAGUGCCUGCUAUUAACUCAACAUGGGACGCUAUCGUCGAUUUUCUCACCUUCAUUGUGACUUCUAUUGGCUUCAUUCUGCAGGACAUCUAUUACCUUACCUUUGGGUAUCCCGAGAAGGACCUGAACGGUGACAUAGCCUUGAUCACUGGAGGAGGUAGUGGCCUGGGAAGGCUUCUGGCGCAGUUACUGUGCAAAAUGGGCACCAAAAUCGUCAUAUGGGACAUCAACGAAGAGGGCAUCAAUGAGACCGUUAGCAUUGUCAAGGCUCUCGGUGGCAACUGCAAGGGCUACGUUGUUGAUAUCUCCAAACGGGAUCAGGUGUACAAAGCCGCCGAUGUCGUUCGCCACGAAGUGGGUGAUGUAACUCUGUUGAUCAACAAUGCAGGCGUUGUGUCCGGCACUCUUCUCCUUGACACUCCCGACCACCUUAUCGAGCGCUCAUUCAACGUCAAUACACUGGCUCACUUCUGGACCACAAAGGCAUUCCUUCCAAAGAUGAUUGAAAAAGAUCAUGGCCAUAUUGUAUCGAUUGCCUCAUUGGCCGGACAUGUGGGCAUAACAAAACUCGUCGAUUAUUGUGCCAGCAAAUUCGCUGUCGUUGGCUUCGACGAAGCCUUGCGUCUCGAGCUCGACGUCCUCGGGCACAAAAACAUUGAAACCACAUGCAUUUGUCCGUUUUUCAUUCAGGCAACAGGCAUGUUCGAUGAUGUCAACGCCCGAUGGGUGCCAACUCUGAAUCCGAAUGAUGUGGCCGAUCGUGUCAUAAAGGCAAUCAAGACCAAACAAAAGAUUGCCAUCAUUCCCGGCUACAUCAAGAUCUUGCUGUCAUUGAAAUGGACCUUCCCCUGGGGAUGCAAUGCUGGUUUGUUGCGUCGCUUGGUCCCGGAUGCUUCCCCCCAUGGGCCAGCAGCACCAGCUGCUGUUGCACAAUCGACGGCGACCAAAAACAAUAACUUAAAGCCAAAUAACAAUGUUUUUACGGAUUUGGGUGAAACUAUGGCUAAAACAGCAUCGAUAUUAAUCCAAAGGACUCCGUCGUUAGGUGAACGAGUUCUCUAAAUUCAUUCAUACAUAUAAGCAGCGAGAAGGUGUAAAUUUGGUGGUGAAUUGUAAAAUAGUGAAAAGUCGAUCGAAUAAAUUGGAUAAAAUAUUUAACCUGCAUUAGAGUCUAAAUUCAAGCAUUUAUUCGGGGCUUAAUUUUUAAGAACAUUAAACAUAUAUGUUAAGCUUGGAAUAUUUAUUUUUUAAAACAACACAAAAUUAUACAAACAAAAAACUUAUCUCAUAUUAGUUAUCUAACAAUAAAUUUAAGUGUAAAAAUUAAAUUCCUCCAAAAAUUAAAUAUAAUUAUAAGCAAUUUUAUUCCAAAAUUAUACAAAAUUUGAAGCGGAAAUAAUUGACCAAAAAAAGCUAAAACGUCAAAUUUAAAUGUGAACAACAUCAGUGAAACAAGAACAACAAACUACUUAUCAUACACAGAUUUGUGAUUGUCAUGCGUUAAAUCGUCGUCGUCGUCAUCAUCGUUACCGGUGCGGUGCGGUUUGUCAGUCUGGCGUAACAAAAUGUAUGAUUUUUCAGAAAAUUUGGCAACCGUUUAAAAAGUGUAAUCACGUGCUAGGUCGUGUUUGAAAUGUUAUUUUUGGCAGUACCUCCCCAUUUACCGCCUACCUGCAUAAUGAUAAUAUAAUAAUGUGUGUGUCCCGCCUCUCGUUGUUGUGGUUUUCGGUUUCAUUUUCGUUUUCGUCGCAGUCGUCAUGAUCAUCAUCAUCAAGUGUGACAGCGUAAUUUUACAUUAUAUAGUUUUUUUUAUUGUUAUUAUAAUUCCGAGUGGUGUGUCACAUAAUACACAUAAUAAAAUAAAAAGACGAGUCGAAUUUUGCGUAACCUUUAAAUCGAGUAACUUCACUUUCAGCUACUUUUAUUAACCAAGAUGAAAAAAAUGUAACUAGCCAAUUACCACAAUAAGUUAUGACCUGAAAACUCUGUGUGACAUCUUUUAAAAAAUGCGAAUAACAACAUUAAAGACUUAAAA